AUGGUCCAAGAUCCUGUCUCCUGUGUUUUUGUUUUGGGGACCUGGUUGAGAGCCGUGUUUGGAGAGGGUCUCUUGGGAGGCCUUGAGGCCGUGGAGGGCCGUGAUGCUGAAGACGGAGUCAGGCAACAUGAAAAACGCAGGUCUGGGGACACUAUGGGUCAGUGCUCAGCAGUCAUGAAACUUCGAACGUCUGUAUCAGACAACUCACUGCCUGCCUCUCCUCCCUUCAGCCUCCCUCUUCAUUCCAGCCUUGCUGUGGCCCUGGCUGCAGUGGGUGUGACUCUGGGUACCCUGGACUGGCGACAGCAGCUGGUGAACAUUCGCACCAUGAGGAGUGGGAAAGAUGCACCUGUGGACCAGCUGGGAGCUGAGCACUGCUAUGACCCAGCCACCCCAAAGGUAUGGAGGUACCAGGUACUGCUGUCUAGCCAAACCAAAGACCAGGUAACAGCAGGCACCAUGCAGCAGCUGCAUGCUUGGGGCCUGACAGUGGACAGCAUCCUGCAGGCAGAUGACAGCACGCUAGGCAUGCUCAUCUAUCCCGCAGGCUUCUGGAGGAGCAAGGUAAAGUGUAUCAAGCAGACCAGUGCUAUCUUGCAGCAGCGCUAUGGCAGGGCCAUCCCAGCUUCUGUGGCAGAGCUGGUGGCACUGCCAGGCCUUGGCCAGAUGGCACACUUGGCCAUGGCGGCGGCCUGGGGCGCCGUGUGUGGCAUUGUGGAGGACACACACGUGCAUAGGAUUGCCAACAGUCUCGGGUGGACCAAGACGGCUACCAAGUCCCCGGAGAAGACUCGUGCUGCCCUGGAAAAGUGGCUGCCCCAAGAGCUGUGGAGUGAGAUCAACGGACUGUUGGUGGGCUUCGACCGGCAGACAUGUCUGCCUGUCCACCCACGCUGCCGGGCCUGCCUCAGCAAAAGCCUGUGCCCGCUGUGCAGAGCCUCUGCAGGCCGUGAAGCCUGGGCCCAGCCACCACUCUUGCCAGUCUAUGUUGUUAUGCAGCCGGCAUCCAAUGCAAAUUGGAGUUUGCUGGCUUCUGAUAUGCAUACUCUUACUAAUCAGCAGAUUAUUCGUGUGGAGGGUGCCCACCUCUAA